UCUGCAGGCCGUUGGGCUACACCCUAUCCACAGUCACAAACACACAGCGGCGGGGCGGGCAACAUGGCGGCCUCUAUCUCCCCGCUACGCUCCUCCUACAGGAUUUGUAACAGUCUGUCCUUCCACCACUACCGAGCCAAACUACGGAUGCACAGAAAGUGCGAGAGCCAGAGAAGACAUCUCCAUGCGUCAGUCACCAGGCAUGCUGCAGUGGUGGUGUCAGGGACAGAGAUGGCACGUCAGAUUCACAGAGAGAUUCAGAGGGAGGUGGAGGAGCUGGUCACCGGCGGCAACAUGAGACCCCACCUGGGUGUGGUGUUGGUUGGGGACGACCCGGCUAGUCGCACCUACGUCAGGAACAAGACCAGAGCUGCUAGUAUACUGGGUAUCUCUAGUGACACGGUGGUGAAACCUACCUCUGUCUCUCAGGAUGAACUACUGGAGCUGAUAGACAAGAUGAACAGAGACUGGAAGGUCUCAGGCCUGCUGGUACAACUACCUCUACCAGGGCACAUCAAGGAGCGUGCUGUGUGUAACGCCAUAGCUCCAGAGAAGGACGUGGAUGGAUUCCACAUCGUCAACAUAGGGAAGCUGUGUCUGGGCCAGACGUCUAUGGUGCCUGCUACACCUGCUGCUGUGUGGGAGAUCAUCAGGAGAACAGGUAUCGAGACAGUAGGGAAGAACGUGCUGGUGGCCGGACGCUCUAAGAAUGUAGGCUUACCUAUCGCCAUGUUGCUUCACACAGACCGCAACCACCAACGCCCUGGAGGUGAUGCCACGGUAACCAUCGCCCACAGGUGCACCCCCAGAGAGCAGCUGAAGGAACUGACCCGUCUGGCCGACAUCGUCAUCGCAGCUGCAGGUGUGCCUGGGCUGAUCACAAGUAGACAUGGUGAAGGAGGGGGGCAGCGGGUUAUCGAUGUGGGUAUUAACCGUGAGGACCGGACCACAGGGAAACUACGGCUGGUGGGCGACGUGGACUUCGAAAGGUACAGAACUGGAUUUAAACCACUUUCAGGGCAGCAGGUAGCCUAG